AUGCUCCCCGACAGUUUGUAUAUUGACUCGAACAACGAUCCCACCGGCUCUAUCUACGAACAAGGCUUUCCGGAUGUGACUAUUGAUUUUGAUGUUGAGAGAUAUGAUCCUGCCACUGCGGGUGUUGAGUGUGUGGAGAAUUCGUUUCUAGGUGGGUGGGCUCUGUUUGUUGGCUUCUACAGCGAUGCAGUUGCUUUGCCAGUGGCCCAUUACCCAGAGGUUGUCAAGCUCGGAUCAAUUUACUUCGAUGUUUUAGGAGGCCAUGACGUUGGCAUUUUCAGUUAUGGAAACAAGAUGGUGUCUCCGUGCUACUAUCCAUGUAAUGCUCAGAGCUUGAAAAAGAUUUGUCCGGCACCUAUGUGGUACGUCCCAAGUCGUGGCUGA